AUGGCGCGCCCUCUCGUCCCCUACCGGCACGGGACCGCAACCCACACUGGGUUCGGCACUCUGGAGGUAUGGUACCAGGCGCUCUCGCCCGACGAGAAGGUCGUCGACGGCGUCGCCUCCUUCCUCUGCAAGCUGCCGCACGACCUGCCGCCGGCGCAGAAGACGCUGUGCUUCGGCGAGGCGGCGCGGCUGCUGCCGCCCGAGCAGCGGCCGCUGCUGCCGCACAUCGCACUGCGCGCCUGUGUCCGCUGGCUGACCGUUCCGUCGGCCGCCGCACCACCCGCGGCAGAGGGAGGGGGCGGCGACGCGGAGAAUGCGUGGCGGCUGGUGCAGGCGGCGCUGUCGCAGGCGCUGCUCGCGCUGCGGCGCGCCGCCGCCGCGUCGAGCGGCCGUGUCGAGCUGCUGGCUCUCCUUGAUGAGCUGGGAGCGCACGCACGCGCCGCCGCCGCCGCCGACCCGCUGCUUGGCGAGUCGCUCGAGCCGAUGCUCUUUGAGCUCCGCUUCUGGUCGGCGGCGCUGCGCGCGCACGCAGAGCACGCCGCGUGCUUGCGCGCGCUCGAGGGGGGUGGGCCCGCCGCGGCCGACGUCGGCGCGGCGGCGCGUUCGCUCGACGCGGCGACGCGGGAGGCGCUGACCAGCGUCGUGAUGCAGUACGAGGGCGAGACGAUGGGCCGGCUGCCGAGCGUCGCCGAGGUCGACGCCGCGAUGGCCGGGCAGCGCGCCGGCGCGGGCGUGCUGGCGGUGCAUUUGCAGGACGAGGAGAGCGGCGCGGCGCACCGCUCCGCGGCCGCGCUGCGGCGGCUGCGGCGCCAGCUGGUUCCUCCGCUCGUGCGCAACGUCCACCACGUGCUCCUCGAGGCGGGCCGCAAGACGGGCGACCAGGACCUGCUCCACCUCUCGCUCUAUGUCGCCGACUUGGUCGCCGACGCGCGGUACGGCCUCUACUCUAACUUCGACGCACCGGGGCUGCAGCACCUGCUCUCGCAGUUCCGCGCCUCGGCCCUGGAGCUGCUGUCGGCCGGCGACGGCGUCGAGACGGCGUGA